GGGGCCAUAGUCGGCAAUAUCACAGUAAUGUUUAGAUGUAUAUGAACAAUGAACGCUUUAAAAAUGUUCGAUUUUGGACGACGAGUCCAACAUGGGUACCGAUCGGAAGUCGAAAAAGAAGAGGUCUCCGGCUGAGUUCUCGUCGGAAGAUGAAGGGAAGAACAAAAGGCGUAGAAGUUCAGAAACAAAGAGUGAUAAGAAAGAGAGAGACUCCGAUAGGAAGCACAAAUCGCAUAAAUCUUCAAGUACAAAAGAAGGGAAGCACAAACACAAAAGUAAACACCACAAGCAUGAACGUCGUGUGAUAUCAAAUUUCAAGGAGCUUUCAGACGCUGAUUACUUCUCCAAAAACAAUGAAUUUGCCACAUGGCUCAAAGAUGAGAAAGACAUGUUCUUCUCAGAUCUUUCUUCAGAAUCUGCACGUAAACUAUUUGCAGAAUUCAUCAAAGAUUGGAACAAACAAAAGCUUGAUUCCAAAUAUUAUGAUGGCAUUGUGACAGGGCCACGAACAUCUCAUAAUUGGAAAAUCAAAGUGGAUACAAAAGGGUAAGUUCAUAAUAUUUUUAGCAUCAGACAAUGCAGAUUUUAGCUAUCUGUUACUUUGUAGAAUUGUAACACUGAGUUUCAGUAAAUCUAAUUUUAAAUUCGUGAUUC